AUGGUUGUCAUUCAGCAAUCAGCCACCACGAACGCACUUCUCCGCUCUUCGUUCCGUCGCCGCACGCUCCUUGCUUCCUCUCUCCGUGUGCGAAGCAUGUCGUCUACCUCAAACAAUCCCCUUCUGGCUGACUGGUCCGUGCGACCGUUCUCCUUCCCGCCCUUCGAAGAGAUCAAAGCGAGUCAUUUCAAACCCGCGUUCGCGUCGAGCCAAGAGAAGCACCUCGAAGAACUCAAGCAAAUCGCCAACAACCCCGAGGACCCUACCUUUGACAACACGAUCAAGACCUUCGAUCGUGCUGGUGCCCUGUUCCAAAGCGUCGCCGGCGUGUACUACAACCUCACCGCGUCAUUUUGCCCUCCCGAUCUCCAAGCCGUGCAAACUGAACUCGCGGGGCCAUUGGCUGAGCAUUACGCUAAGGUGACGACCUUCCCCGGUCUGUUCGAACGCAUUCAGCACGUGCACAGCCAUCGGGCGUCGGCCGGGUACACCCCCGAGCAACUGCGUCUCGUGGAGCGAUUUUACCUGGACUUUGUCCGCAAAGGCGCGCUCUUUGACAAGGAAACGCAAGACAAAUACAACGCGAUCGUCAAGGAACUCGCGGAAUUGACGACCAAGUUCCGUCAGCAAGUCACCACGGACGAAAGCGAAGUCACGGUGCCUGUGACUGCGGCCGAACUCGAAGGCGUUCCCGCCGACAUUGUCGCCGCCGCGCGCCAAGCUGCCGCGGACCGCAACUUGGACGGUCAUGUGAUCACCCUCGGUCGGUCCCUUGUGGAACCGUUCCUUACCUUCUGUCCCAACCGCGACGCGCGUGAACGCGUGUGGAAGGCAUGGACGUCGCGCGGCGAGCUCUCUCCCGAGCGCGACAACCUGAGCUUGGCCGUUCAGAUCCUCAAGCUUCGGUCGCAACAAGCCAAGUUGCACGGGUACAAGUCGUUUGCUGACUACCAGACCGUGGACACGAUGGCGCAGACCCCGGAGAAGGUUUUGGAGCUGCUCAACCGCGUGUGGACCCCGGCCAAGGCGGCGGCCAACAAGGAGCGCGAUGUGUUGUCUGCGUACGCCGUGUCUAUCGGCGAAAGCGCCGAGAUCCGCGCGUCCGACUGGCGCUUCUACUCGGAAAAGGUCCGCGCUGCCAAGUACAACCUGGAUGACUCGAUCGUGAAGCCGUAUUUCAGCCUCGAGCGCAUGGUCGAAGCCGUGUUUGAUGUAGCCCACCGGUUGUACGGGCUUCGAUUCGAGCUGCGCCCAGAUCUGAAGGCGUACCACCCGGACGUGCUCGUGUACCAAGUCACGAACGACAGCGGCGACGUCGUGGCGCUGUUUCUCCACGACAACUUUGCCCGCGCACACAAGAACAGCGGUGCAUGGAUGAGCGAGUUCCGGUCGCAGAGCCGCAACAUCGACGACGUCGGCACGGCCGAGAUCCCCAUCGUGAUCAACAACAACAACUUCACCAAGGGCCACCCCACGACGCUUCUCUCGUUUAACGACUGCGUGACGUUGUUCCACGAGUUUGGCCACGGGCUGCACGGCAUGCUGUCCAACUCGACGUACCAGCGCCUCGCGAGCACGAGCGUGCUAAAGGACUUUGUCGAGCUGCCGUCCCAGCUCAUGGAGCACUGGGUUCGCCAGCCCCAAGUGCUCGCAAAGCACGCGCGCCACUUUGAAACGAAUGAGCCCAUCCCGGCGGAGCUGCUGGCCAAGGUUAUGGCCGCGCUCAAGUUCCAGCAGGGCUUUGCCACCGUUGAGUACACGGCGUGCGCGCUGGUCGACCAGGCGCUGCAUGCGAUCGAAGACGUGGACGGCCUUGACUUGACGGCGUUCGAAACAGCCACGUUGGACAAGCUCCAGAUGCCCGCGGGUAUCGUGAUGCGCCACCGCAUUCCCCACUUUAGCCACCUCUUUGCCUCGUCCGGGUACGCGUCGGGGUACUAUGUGUACCUGUGGGCCGAAGUGUUGGAUGCCGAUGCGUUCGACGCGUUUGUUGAAGCCGGCGAUAUCUUUGACAAGGACACGGCCGACCGCGCCAAGAAGUUUAUUUACUCGGCCGGCAACACCCGAGACCUCAUGGAAGGCUACCGCCUCUUCCGUGGCCGCGACCCCAAGAUCGAAGCCAUGCUCAUCAAGAAAGGACUGGUCUAGUUUUUUUACUACCUAAUGUAACAUGUGCUUUGCGACUAUGGGCGAGGUGAGCAACGAGGCUGUAGGUAGUAGCUCGUGCUGUUCUCGCGUAUAACUAAUAACUAGUACGCGGACACUCUGUGACGUAGUACAGUGCAUGAAUACUAAGCUUACUUGCA